CUCCCCGACCAAUCAGUUCGCUAGCCUGCGAAAUUCAAACAAAUGUUUUUCGUGGCGCCAUUGUGAUGCCACAGAGUAUGAAGAAAUGGUUUUGUUUUUAACGCCAGAUGCUUGAUCAAAAAGAUUUACGUAAUCUUAUAUCACUCAGCAACUCAUUUAUAAAUUCCAACAUGUUGAUCACGCCUUCAAAGAUCAAUCAAAGGGCAGCAGCACUGCCCUAUAAAUCCAUCCCAUUAAGUAAAAUCCCUCCAGGUGCUGAGACCCCUGUGAAAGAACUGUUGAGGAUGGUAGUAAGAGAAGAAGAAAAAGCAAGCCCUGGGAAAUUUUGGAAGCCAAAUUGGGCUUUUCGGAAAGCACCACCGAAUGGCGGAGUAAAACACAAGUUGCAUUCCACCGUGCUGGAUGGCUCUCUCAGCUCCAAGGAGUGUGGUGUAUCAUCUCCUGAGCUGAGCAGCAUUGGAGCCGAGGACAACUUGACACUGUUGCAUGGGAACAACUACGGCACCAACCACCAGAACAUUAUAGGACAAAAAAAGAAAGUCUUAAGUGUGGUGGGCUCCUCCAGACCUCACGAAUCUCCUGCGAAAGUGUUUGAGAGGCUAAAGAGGCAAAUGGAAGAGCGGGCUCAGGGUGUCCAUUCAACGCCAGGCAAAGCCGAACAGCAGGGCCCCCGGUGGACCCCACGGAAGCAGGGAGGCCCCCAGGAGUCUCCUGGGAAACCAGGUGUCUGUCACACACCAGGGAAGGUGGGCCGGCCAGGUCUUCAUCAGCCACCUGCCACGACCGUGGACAUCAGGAGGUACCCAAAGGACAUGCUGCAGACUACUGUCUUGCGCUCCUUACCCCACUGCAACAGGAACGGCACAGGGGCAUGUAGAGACAACGAGGACAACGGCAUCUUUGCAGUACCAACAGUGCCAGCUAAGAAACCAGCAUAUCCUACCACAGUGGGCCAGCCGAGGGAAUCCCCGGCUAAGAUUUUUGCACGCAUGAAACAAAAAGCUGAAAUAAAACUACAGCAGCUGCAAAAACAACAACAACAGAAACAGCAGCAGCAGCAGCAGCUACAAGCAGCCACGGAUCCAGUUAGCAGCACAGUGGAUAUCAGGCCAGAAGGAUAUUCGCUUCAGGGCCCCGGGAUUGCAGCAGUACCAAUGAGUGGAGACGAGGGGGAUGAUGAAAUCUCCCAGGAUACAGUUCAGAGCCCGGCAGAAACCACUGAGAGCGAUGCAACACACACCACUCUUACUCCCCCUGUUGGUUUGGGGCUUGGUAAAAGUAAACCAGAUUCAGCAGCUUUGGACCUUAAGAGAUUGCCCCACCUUAAGCUUCCCCCAAAUCAGGAAUGGCGUGAUAUCUUACUGGAGUCUCCGAGAAUUUCCAUCCCGAGAAAGCAGAUUACCAUACCACAGCCAAGGAACGAGCCAGAGAGUGAGAAGACUGGCAGCCAGCCGAAGGACUCGGAUACAUCGGCAGGGCAGAUACACCUCCACCAGUGGUUUAUCAAGAAACUUAACAAAAAAGACGUGUGUGUUGAGGGAAGGAGACAGGAUUUAAAUGGACAAUACUGGCACAGCAAUGUGAUUGCAGAACGGUUGAAGAGCAACACGCUGAAGACCAUUACUGGCAGCGUCUACGUCUUGCAUGGGAAGAUGAAUAUGAAUGCCACUAGUACAGUGUUUGCGAGAUCGUUCUUGAAAAAGUUUCAGUUUGGCUUUCCUGAAAAGUGGAAGGAUUAUCUUCAGAACUACUUGGAAGAGCUUAAAGGAGCACAGCCGGAACAAACGUCUGAACAGGAUCAUAAACCAACAUGCACUGAGCCUGCAUCCGAGGCUGAACCAGUGAAGAACAAAAAGCAAGCUAAAGUCACAUAUCCAACAAGGCCUUCAGACAAAUCAGUGCAACAGACCUCAAAAAGGACACAGCUACUGAAUAACUUUCAAGUUACCCGCAGCGGGAGGCACGUCUUGCCCCCGAUGGAAUACUGGAGAGGACAGAGAUGCAUAAUCGAUACGGACCUGAAUGUGACAGUCGAUGAAGGCCGCACAAAUUAUUUGGAGGAGAGUAUGCGUUAUAUUGCCAAAAGAGAUGAUAAAAGGAAACACACCACUAGACACAAGGCAAAGACAGAUGUUGAGGCGACCAGAAAUGAGAAAAAGGACCCCCCUAAAAGUAAACGCACAGCUGUGCCCGAAACGGACGAGAGCUCUGAGAUUGAUGAAGAUAAUGAGGGCAAGAUUGGUUAUGCCUCUUCUUUCAAGCCUUACUCUGUGAUAUUGACACCCAUCAGAACAGCCUCCCAGUUAAAAGACAGGUGCUUAAACCUCAACCUUAGGUAUGCGAACACCAGCAAGCCUGACAGUGCAGCCACAGGUAAAACCUUGUCCAGGCAUCAGGUCGAUAAGCAGUCAGACAGCCAAACCGAUGUGUCUUUUACAGCUGUGGAGCCAGGAUCGUCCAGUGAUGAUGAUGAGCAGGUCAUUCAGAGGAAGACCAAGCACCGACUCAGGGCAGGCGGGAGAGGGGCAGCGGAGAGGGGCAAGCCGCCUCAGAAAAACACUGCUGCCAGCCACACAGCUACGGGCCCUGCCUCUCUCUUUAAGUCUCCUACACCUACCACCUCCAAGUUGAAGGAUACAGAUUCUAAGAAACAAAUAAAAAAGGCCACAAGAUCGGAGAGCGAAAUGAGCGACUCUGGCACAGAGCGUACCUUGCGCUCAAUGUCAAAGAACAGGCAGGAAAUGAUCACCACCCCUGCUCCACAGACCAGCAGGGGUUCAAAGGACCUUGGUUCCCAAAUACGAAAAAAUAUUCCCAAAAAGUCUCAGAAUGUCGUGCAGGAUUCUGACGCUGAAAUACCCAGAGACUUUGUGAGCUCCAUGUCAGCUCCACAUAGCAGGCGGCAAUCAAAGGAUAUUGAGUGUCUGGUGCAGCUCAAGAGAAACUCGAGGAAAACCUUGCAGGAGUCAGAGACGGAAAUGAGUGCAUCUGGGACAGAACGAAACAGCAGAGCUUUAAAGAACAAUCCGACACAGCUAAUUAGAAAAAAGGUUCUUCAGGACUCACAGAGUGAAAUGAGUGACUCUGGCACAGAGCGUGCCUUGCAGCUUAGGUCUGCAUCUCGAAACAGUAGACAUUCAAAUAAUAUUCAUUCUCUAAUGCAGCUAAAGAAAGCAAAGCAGAUUUCUAAAGUUGUGCAGGAAUCUGAGUCAGAGUCUGACAUGAAUGAUUUUGUCCCACACCGUGCUGUGAGCUCCAAAUUUGCUCCACUUAGCAGGAAGAAAUCAAAGAGAAACACAAAGAGUUCUCAAGAACUGGAGACCGAAAUGAGCGAUUCCGACACAGAGGCCUCCUCGCAAACCAAGUCUUCCUCUCGCAACCAUAGGGGCCCAAAGGACAGUGAUCGUCCUGUUCGGCUUGUUAGGACAAAUAAUAAUUCAAAGGUCCUGCCAGAGGCUGAAUCGGUGAACUCUCGCCUAGACCGUGCUGUUCGCUCCACGUCAGCCUCACUUAGGAGCAGGGAUCCACCGUGUACCAAAAGGACUCAGAAUGUCCUGCAGGGAUCUGAGGUUAGUGAAUCUAGCCAAGGAGAGGAUGCUGCUGCUGCUGCAGGCUCCAUGUCUGCUCCACGGAGCAGUAAAAGUGUAACAGACGCAGAGCUGAAGAGUAAAAAACAGAGUGAUGGGAAACCCAAGUCCCGUGAACAGAGCUGUGAAAAAGGCAACAGAAACAGGGCUGCAGGGCUGAGAAAGGGACAGCAUGGAGCCACAGAAGGGAAGAGCUCCCUGCCCGUUGAGGCUAGAGAUAAGAGAUGGGGGGGAGAUGAUGAAGACCAAUUCAGCGCAGGUGCCUGGACCAAGAAAGAACUUGAAAAGCUGCACAACUCUGUUGCAGCUCUUCCGAAGCAUCGGAGCGGAUUCUGGCUGGAUGUUUCCAUGGCCGUCGGGACGCGAUCGGCCGAGGAAUGCCAAAGGAAAUACACAGAGGAACAUCAGCCGAACAAGAAGAAAGCGAACAGCAAAAAGAAGGACACCGGCAGCAAGAAGGAAGACUCAGGGAAGGAUCCCGUCAAGAUAACUGCACGUGUUGGAACACUGAAACGCAAGAAGCAGCUGCGGCUUUUCCUCGACCAGCUGCCGAAAGACGACCACGAUGACGUCUUCAGCGCCUCUCCUUUACAGAGCAAGAGAGUAAAGUUACCCUCCCUCUGUGGGGGUCAGGAGGAUGACGUCUUUCAGCUGACGGAGGUCAACCCUCAAACCCCUUCCUCCGCCCGCUUUCCCUUGGUGAAGACCCCGCAGUGCCUGCACAUCAGUCCCGGCAUGCUGGGCUCUGUCAACAGGAACGAUAAUGACAGGUAUGUUUUCAACCUGCAAAAGCAAGAGAAAAGAGGCAAAUUGAAGACCUGGGCCAAUGUUAGAAUGCAAGCGGGUUCUAACAACUUUGCAACUCCGUCUAGAAGAAGGGAGACAAUGCUGAGUGCUGAAGAUGAAAACGAGCGGUCCUUUGUGGGAAAGCUCUUGAGUAAAGAAGACCCAAAACUAUCGGAUGAAAGUGAAGACGAUUAUUAUUUUUUACUGGAAGAUUGAGUUGUGACGUUAUCAAAUAAAAUGUUUAAGGAAAAAAAAAAUCCAUGUUUUUCAGCAGAUAACCUAGAUAGCAUUUCAAUUGAGGACUUUGCUCCAGCCAUGUCCUUGUCCUUAAUUCAGGACCAGAUCUUUAAUUGCAGGGUUAGAAGCUCCUCACGUGAGUCCUGGUUUCCAGAAUCCUUCUUUGGGUAAUGAAAUGACCAGGUGGCAGGAAUCUGAUCAAUCAGACACGCUGUCAAAUCUGCUGAACGCCGAUAACCCUUAAUCACAGCAUGGAAAAGCCUCACCUGAGUCUGGGGGGUUUACCAUCUCAAAGUGUUCAUGCAGUUACAAGGGUGGGGACUUAGCAUUAACAGUGGCCUGCUUGCUCAAAUAACACACCUGAUUGAGGGGGUGGGGGAGGGAGUGUGAGUUUCUAACCCUUUUAUGGUUUAUUUGGAUAAUCAAUUAAAGAAUUAGGGACCUGGUUAGAACAAACCACUGGAUUGGAAUGGAAUGAAAUACACAUACAUUUUUCCAUACAAAAAAACAUAAUAAGUUGAGUAUAUAUUUUAGUUAUGUACAUAUUUCAAAUAAAUGUCCGCAUGUGGUGUGCAAUGUAUCAAAUAUAGUGUACAUGAUGACCCUUGCAAUGAAUGAGAAACACAACGCAGGGUCCUCCUGAACAUGUUCUGUUAAACGCUUGGUAAAAUAACAUACCUUUAGUGGUUUUUAUUCAGUUUACCGUCUAGACUUUGACCAUGGGAUACUCCAGUAAACUUUUACAAUGCAGUGUGGGACGGUCUGCUUCGUUUUCAGGAUACGAACGUGCAGAUCUAUUGUUUAUAGAUAUUUUUUAAAUUAAUCUGUUUUAAUUGUUGUGUUAAAACCAUGGUUCCUUUCUGUAAAUAAAACUAAGUUGCAUUUUUAAUUGUGUGUUUGUUU